AUGUUCGGUCACAUCCAAAAAAUGGCCGAAGCCGAGAAGAAGGGAAUUGAGUCUGCCGGUGGUCAGGUCGAUGUCUAUCAAAUUGCCGAAACUCUACCAGAAGACAUUCUGGCCAAGAUGCAAGCACCUUCUAAGCCCGAGUACCCCAUAGCCGAGCCCAAUGAUCUUCUUCAAUACGAUGCUAUCCUAUUUGGAAUUCCUACCCGAUUCGGUAAUUUCCCUGCGCAGUGGAAGGCUUUCUGGGAUAAAACAGGCUCCAUUUGGGCCACAGCUGGUUACUCGGGCAAAUAUGCCGGUCUAUUCAUUUCUACUGGUACUCUCGGGGGUGGGCAAGAGUCCACCGCUAUUGCCGCGAUGAGCACGCUCGUCCACCACGGUUUUAUCUAUACCCCCCUUGGAUACGCCUCCGCCUUUGCUUAUCUGUCGAAUCUGGACGAGAUUCAUGGGGGCAGCCCUUGGGGCGCCGGUACCUUCGCGGGAGCCGAUGGCUCCCGCGAGCCUACUCCCCUUGAGCUUAAAAUUGCGGAGGCUCAGGGGAAGGCCUUUUCAGAGACGGUUUCAAAGGUAAAUAGAGGAUAG